UUGAAUGUCGCAGUGAUUAAAAUUAUUUUUGUUGUUAUACCUGUAUAUGCACAUGUAAGCAUUCAGACUAGUACCACGAUCUGUACUGUUCCCUGAAGGGUGAGCGAUGGAGAUCCUUUUGUUUGCUGUCAUGGUUACACAUUUAAUGAUCUGUCCAUAUACCAAAGUGGAAGAGAGUUUUAAUGUACAAGCAAUACAUGAUGUUUUGUAUCAUGGUGUAAACAUCAGCCAGUACGAUCAUUUGGAGUUUCCAGGAGUGGUACCUAGAACAUUUAUUGGACCAAUCACUAUAGCUGUUACAUCUUCACCCUUCAUCUAUUUAUUAGACUGCAUGCAGUUUUCCAAGCUAGCCUCACAAAUCAUAGUAAGAAUGACCUUGGGAAUAUUUGUUCAGAUUGGAUUGUGUACAUUUGGAAAUGCUGUAGGAGAAAAACUUGGUACUGGUGUAAAGAAAUGGUUGUUUAUUAUCAUGAUAUCACAGUUUCACUUCAUGUUUUAUAUGACUCGUCCAUUACCAAAUAUUUUUGCUUUAGUCCUUGUUCUGUUGGCAUUAGGAGGAUGGUUACGAGGUCAACAUAUACGAUUCCUUUGGUGUUCAGGGGCAGCCAUUUUGAUUUUUAGAGCAGAACUGACUUUGUACCUAGGACAAAUUCUCCUGAUUGAACUAUUUAGUAAGCGGUUAUCAUUAAAGAAACUGUUGACAUAUGGAGUAGCUGCUGCUGUCACAUUAAUAGGUUUAACUUUAUGCAUUGACAGUUAUUUUUGGCAGAGGAUGAUAUGGCCUGAAGCUGAAGUCUUCUGGUACAACACAGUUUUAAAUAAAAGUUCACAAUGGGGAACAUUACCAUUUUUAUGGUAUUUUUACUCUGCCAUUCCAAGAUGUCUUCUCCUGAGUCUGUUCCUAGUGCCUUUAGGGUUGAUUCUGACACCACAGACACGAAUAAUGAUUUAUCCAGCAUUGCUAUUUGUGCUGUUGUUCUCUAUCCUGCCUCAUAAAGAGCUGAGGUUUAUCAUCUAUGUGGUACCAGUAUUAAAUGUGGCUGCAGCUUGUGCAAUGUCUAGACUAUGGAAUAAUAGAAAUAAGUCAGCAUUACAAAUGUUACUAGCUACUGGUGCAGUGCUACAUCUACUGGGAAAUUUAAUAGGAACUGGUGUGUUUCUGACUGUAUCACAUUACAAUUAUCCUGGAGGUGAAGCCAUCAUGCUUAUACAAAAAUCACAAUUAUCUACAUCAAAUGUUAAUUUACAUAUAGAUGUAAAGAAUGCCCAGACUGGCAUCAGUAGAUUUACACAAAUUCUUCCCCAUUGGAAAUACAGUAAGGAAGAAGAUUUACCAGCUAAUGGAGAGAAAAUGAAGUCCUUCACUCACUUACUGAUAGGAAAUCAGACAGUUUUACCAUACUAUAAACAAUCACACAAAAUCAUUCAUACAGUGGAGGCAUUCCAUAAAAUACAGCCUCAACGUAACCUAAAACACCCAAUACAGAUAAAGCUACAUCCUGAAAUAUGGAUUUUAGAAAAAAAUAAAACAUAAAACAUUUUGA